AUGAAGGAUAGCAUCAUCAACCCGCCGGAGAAGGACCCGAAUUCGAUCAUGACUGACAAUCCUGCCAUCACGACUCCCAAGCACAUCAGCAAGCGAAACCCUUCAAAAACCGCCGAGGAUGGCGCAAUGAAAGGUCGCUCGCUCCUCCCAUCUGAAGUUGCCCAAGGUCAGGUUGGCCUCUCGGCCAAAGCUCGAUCGAACACCAGUCCUUCGUCGAUCGAUCUCACCAAGGAUAAUCCUGAUCCCACGACUACCAAGAGUCAACGCAAGCAACCCCCCCCUUCCACAACCGCCGAGGAUGGCGCAGUGCAAGGACGGCCUCUCGUUGCCUACAACAAGAACCUCAAGGUGUCCAAGUUCCACAGGCUCUACAAGAAGGCGUGGAGGAAAGAAUGGGCCGAUGUCAACAUGGAUCCAUCUUCCGACGCCCAAACCUACGACGACAUCGCUGCGUUCAUCCUGACUGGCCUGAAGGCGUACGACCCAUCACUCGGUGGUUCGAUGCCACAGCUUCGGUCCAGCAUGCAGAAUCUGUCCUCCCUUGGAGAUCUUGAAGAUGCCGACGACGACGAAGGUUCCUGGGCUCUUCGCGAGUACUUUCUUCGUCUCGCGACACAGUGCCCCACGGUUGUGUUCGAUCUUACAACGGCCCAACGCGUUAUCACUACGGACGAAAACGGCAGCCGAAUUCUUGCUCAUCCUUGGACUGGCCCUGCAAUCAUUCCUCCCAUUGUGGAGGAAUUCGAGCGACUAGAACGAGAGUCGAAAAUAGCCAAAGCUCAGUCCAAGUCUAAGAAGCGCCCUGCAUCGACUCCAGAGAAUCCAAAAGGUGCCAAGGCACACGAUUCGCGCCCGUCUCCCUCUGUCCUGAUGCAAACGGAACUGACGCCACCAAAGGGUCGGUCCAAUCCCUACCAACGAACUCCACCUUUGGAUGCCACUCCUCCUCGCCAACAAGUGGUCCUGUCUGACGCCGUUCACGUCAUUGCCGGCACCCCAACAGGAACACAGGAACCCAGUCUUCCAGAUGACGACGUCGCGGUAGCCAACACCCACCGUGGGCGGACCAGUGCGGAAAAUGGAGCAGAGGAACACAAUAGUGCCCCGACCUACAGGGACACUGUUGCCGCUCUCCCCGCUCCCACGGUUCCUCUC